ACCUCACCCAUAUAUUAUUACACACACACACACCCCUCUCCCACACAAUUUUCUUCUCCUUUCAUUCCCGAGUCUUCCUCCUCUCUCUCUCUCUCUCUCUCUCUCUCUCUCACAGUCACGUUUCUCUUCAAGAGACUCUCUCUCUAUAUCUAUAUCAGUAUCCACACACAGUGGCUUUGGUUUAGGAAAAACGAUUCAAGAAAACAGAGGCACCCAUCAAACCAAGAAACAAAUCGCAUGGUCGGACGGAUCUUGUCAAAGAAUCCGAUUCACAUCAAUCGGACCAUUUCGUUGUGGUUUCCUGCUUAAUCUCCACUCGUUUUGGUUGAUUAUUUUAGUUUCUUGGGGCAAUGACGAGGAGGUGCUCGCAUUGCAGCCAUAACGGGCAUAAUUCUCGGACGUGCCCGAAUCGAGGGGUGAAGCUAUUUGGGGUCAGAUUGACUGAUGGGUCGAUCCGGAAGAGUGCUAGUAUGGGUAACUUGACCCACUAUAUGGGGGGUGGUGGUGGUGGUAGUGGAAGCGGGAGUGCGACCCCUCAAAAUGGUGUAACUCACGACUCCCCCGCCGACACCCCGGACCACCCCUCUGCUGGCUCAGGCGGCGCCGACGGUUACGCAUCUGAGGACUUUGUUGCCGGGUCCUCCUCAAGCCGUGAGAGGAAGAAAGGUGUUCCAUGGACAGAAGAGGAACAUAGGAUGUUUCUGCUUGGCUUGCAAAAGCUAGGUAAAGGUGACUGGCGCGGCAUUGCACGGAACUUUGUGAUCUCCAGAACACCUACUCAGGUUGCUAGCCAUGCACAAAAGUACUUCAUACGGCAAAGUAAUGUGUCAAGGAGGAAAAGACGUUCAAGCCUUUUUGAUAUUGUUGCUGAUGACUCAGUCGAUACUCCAGUGGUGUCAAGAGAAUUUUUCCCGGUGAACCCUUCACAAGCUGAGACACAAAGCAGCACCCCUGUGCCACCUCCAGCUGUGGAUGAAGAAUGUGAAUCUAUGGAAUCUGCAACCUCCAAUGAUGGCGAGAACAUGCUUCCCAAGCCAGAGGGCUCACAAUAUACUUACCCGGUUGUCUAUCCUGCUUAUGUUGCUCCAUUCUUCACAUUGCCCAUCCCAUUUUGGCCAGGAUAUAAAACAGAACCUGUUAAAGAGGAAACACACGAAGUGGUGAAGCCAACGGCUGUGCAUUCAAAGAGCCCAAUUAAUGUGGAUGAGCUCGUUGGCAUGUCGAAACUAAGCUUAGGGGAAUCUCUUGCUGAUGCUGGGCCGUCAACCCUCUCACUUAAACUUGUUGAAGGCUCUACAAGGCCAUCUGCUUUUCAUGCUAAUCCAGCUUCUGGCAGUUCAGGCAUGAACUCUAGUCAUGAUCCAAUUCAUGCUGUCUAGCAAAUAAGAAAAUUUUAUUAUGGUCUGGGAUCCCUCGGUGCCGUUGAGCUCUGGAGAUUCUCUUGUUAAUAGAAGAUAGCAUUUAGAGUGGUUUCAGUAAGUUAUAAUUCUAUUUGUUAGGUUGUCAUAAAUAAUUUC